CAGGAAACGAAGCAGGCUAUAUACUUCAUUCAUAGCAGGAAAACGACUUAAUUGUCAGACUUUCACUCAAUGCUACAUACAGAUUGGAUUAAGGGCUCCUUCUUCCUCCAGAAGACUAUGGCUUCAACUAUUUUCUUUAAUGGCAAGGGCCUCCUGCUCUUCCUACUAGGACUACAGACAACUGCGUUUGUAUCAGGACAAAACACUACAGUGGCCACAAAUUCUACAACGCUGUAUGCCACAAACGAUUCCUCUGCAUCGUCAGCAUCAAUUUCACCUAACGUUUAUGUAAAAAAUUCGACAAUCUGGUGGAGCACAACAAAUAAUACUGGACAAGCAGCUCCUACUGAGGCUGCCUCGACCUCCUAUUCAACCCAGUCCGGUGCAAACCCAAUGGCUGGUAAUGAAACCACUAACAUUUAUAAUGCUACCUCAUGGGACCUCAACGAUGACAUGGACUCGAUAUCCUGUCCUCAGUUUUCCUGUAACUACUCGGAGUGCAUUAAGGAAUACCAGAAUGUGACUCCUGUUUUAUGCCCUGAUAAUGUUACCUUCUGUCAGCUGUGGAGAAACAAGGACAUGACUUACAUCAGUAACUGCAGUGCCUACUGCAGUAAUGCCUGUGUCAACUACACCCAGACUAACUGUGCCAUGGGAUGCUGCAACCUUACCGGCUGUCUUAACUCUACUCUGGCCUCUAUGAAUCCCACCAACACAACAUCAGUGACUACAAUGAUGACCAGCACCCCCUCCACUACAACAAAAACCAUGGGAACCACCACCAUAAAUGCUCAACCACUACUUACAAGCCCUCCAAAAGGUUCCUCCUCUGCCACUAGAGGGACACACUUUCUACACUCUUUUCCAAUGGUCACUGCCGCUCUGCUGGCUUGUCUGCUUAGCGCUGGUUCCAUAUUUUAAACUGGGUGGUGUUCAUUAGGUGCCAAGCAGAAGAAAUUUGAUUAAACAGAAGUUCCUUGACUUGAAGUGAGAAAAGCACAUUUUCAGGUCUAAAUCCUUAGAAAUGUUUUCAGUUGCGUGCCCUAAUGAACACAACCCUGAUAUGUAGACUCUUUUUGAACAUUGCCAGCGCUAGAGUUAGCAUAGCACACCAAAAUGGGGUUUCUGUUUCUUUUAGAAAUACUGCAAUUGUUAAGAAUCUAGCUUACUUUUGUUUGUUUGCUUGCUUUUUAUUUAAGGAGAUAUUAGGGUUCAAUAUUAGGGCUCUCAUUAUUUUUGUGAUUUAAGACAGAAUGAUUACAACGUAUGCCUCCAAACCAAACAUGCUUGAAGGGCAUUAUUGGGUAAUAAAACAUGCCACAUUGUUUUCCAUAUAAGAUUUGUGACAGACUAAUGCAUUGAAUGGAAAAUACUGAUCAAGUUAACUGAUAAACACAUUUUGUUUGAUUCAACCUAGUCCAAAUAGGAUUCACAUUCUUUGAUGUUGCACUUGCAAAAAUCUUUUAGCCUGGUCUCAGAUCUAUUUGUGCUUUUGCUAAAUCAAAUGAUCAUUGUCAAGCAAAACAUGUUUGGAUUAGCAAUGAGUUACAAAUAAUUGGCAUGAUAGAUUAGCACAAAGAAUGGUUGUUAGCCUAAAGACCACUGCAAUACAAAUGCUUACCCUUAUUGUUACAUUGUAUAUUGCAUAAUUAUUCCAUUAAUAUCUAGUCCUUGCUAGCUCAUUGUGAAGGACAGCUUGACAAUGCAUGCACUUUAUUGACAAACAUACUGUAUAUAUUCUAUUGGGCAGUAGAAGGUGUUAAAAUAUUUGUGCCGAAUCAUAUCUGUGAAUGUUGUCAUACACUAUCCAACUGUAACAAGUACUUUAUUCAUUGUUUAUUUAGCUGUAUUUUGAUGUAUAUGUCAACAUCGUAACAAGGGGAAACAAGAUUUAAAUUACAUAUUUUAAAACUGGCAAACCUAGUUUUUGGCAGCAGUUUCAUGGAAAAUUGUCAUAACCUGCCUGAUAUACUGAUUUUAAUA